AUGAUGUCCAUUAUUAAUACAUCAGAUGUUGAAAUCACCACCUUCUUCUUGGUUGGGAUGCCAGGGCUGGAAUAUGCACACAUCUGGAUCUCUGUCCCCAUCUGCAGCAUGUAUCUUUUUGCUCUUCUGGGAAACUGCACCAUUCUUUUGGUCACAAAGACAGAGCCUUCCCUGCAUGAACCCAUGUACUACUUCCUUUCUAUGUUGGCCAUGUCUGACAUGGGCUUGUACUUCUCUUCUCUACCCACCACGUGGAGGAUCUUCUUAUUCAAUGCCCCUGAAAUUUCUGCCAAUGCCUGUUUUGCCCAGGAAUUCUUCAUCCAUGGUUUCACAGCAGUGGAAUCCUCAGUGCUCCUGAUCAUGUCAUUUGCCUUCCUAGCCAUCCACAGUCCUCUAAGAUACAGCUCCAUUCUUACUCCUAUCAGAGUUGUCAAAAUAGGAAUAGUGAUAUCUGUUAAGGGUGUCCUCCUAGUGCUGCCCUUCCCAUUGACUUUGAGAAGUUUGAAAUAUUGUAAUAAAAGCCAACUAUCUCAUUCCUACUGUCUCCACCAGGAUGUCAUGAAGUUGACCUGCUCUGACAACCGAAUUGACGUCAUCUAUGGCUUUUUUGGCGCACUGUGUCUUAUGGUAGACUUUAUGCUCAUUGCUGUGUCUUACGGCCUGAUCCUCAAGACUGUGUUGGGAAUUGCAUCCCGAAAGGAGCAGCUCAAGGCCCUCAAUACUUGUAUUUCACACAUCUGUGCAGUGAUCGUCUUCUAUCUGCCCACCAUCAACCUUUCCAUUGUCCAUCGCUUUGUCCGACAUGUCUCACCUCUCUUCAAUGUUCUCAUGGCAAAUGUUCUUUUACUUGUGCCUCCUACGAUGAAUCCCAUUGUGUACUGUGUGAAAACUAAGAAAAUUAGAGUGAGACUUUUAGCAAGAUUAUGUCAGAAGCAUAUAUAA